AUGAAUCAGAAUGUUCUUGUGAAUGAUUUCGUAGUGGUGGAGCUUCACGGAUUCUCAGAUGCUAGUAAGCUCGCAUAUGGCGCUUGCGUCUAUCUAAGAGCUUUGGACUCGUCGGACGAGUGUCAUAUCAGUUUGCUUUGCGCCAAGACU